GAGUGAGGAGUGGAUUGGGUGGGGGUUUAAGAUAAACGACGAGGGAGCUGUUCUCUUCCGUUGUCCAAGCAUAUAAAAUUAAGGAUUCCUCUCUAAAGUGAUAAAGAAGAGGAACACAGUUCAGUCCUGAAGCGAGUUUUAUCCGUGUUGUGAAAGGCUGGUACUUGAGUCUUGUCUACUUGUUCCCCAUCCUGUGUUAUCUCUACUCUCAGUCUUAUACGAGUAUGAUAGCUUGAAAAACCUUCAUACAAGUGCAUUCUGUGCGGUGAAAACAUGUCUCUGCUUUGCUCUUCAUCUUGUGUAGCUCCCUCUUUGCCACAGACCAAACGAUCAUGCCCAAGUUUUCAAACACUCAAAGGACCUACCCUAACUCUAUGUUCUUUCAUCAGCUACCCUAGAUUUAGCACUGGUAUCAAGAAGCACAUCAGUUACUUGUUUGCGGGACCACAUAAGCUUCGUAGGCUAGCAAAGAGUCAGAUAUUAGUUAGUCCUGAGUCUUUUACAGAGAACAGCACAAUAGAUAUUGAUUGGGAAGAUCAGGAGGACGUUGAGGAUACCGGUUCGCCUUGGGAAGGCUCGGUUAUGUAUAGGAGAAACGCGUCAGUUACACAUGUGGAAUACUGUACCACUUUGGAGAGGCUUGGGUUGGGGAAGCUGUCCACUGAGGUGUCGAAGAAGAGAGCUUCUUCAAUGGGGCUAAGAGUGACGAAAGAUGUGAAGGAUUAUCCGGAGGGGACACCAGUUCAAGUUUCGGUCGAUGUCGUAAGGAAGAAGAAGAAGCUGAGACUCGAUGGGAUUGUCAGAACUGUUAUCACACUUGGAUGUAACAGAUGUGGUGAGGAAGCAGGUGAGAGCAUCUUCUCUAACUUCUCGUUGCUACUAACCGAAGAGCCGGUUGAAGAACCGGAUGUCAUUGAUCUAGGAUUCACAUCCGGUAAUGACAAACCCAAUUCCUUCUCUUUGGACGACAGAGGUGAAGAUGAGGAUGAUGAUGAUGAGAUAGAUUGGGAGGAUAAGCUCCAUUUUCCGCCAGAGGUGAAAGAGAUAGAUAUAUCAAAGCAUAUAAGAGACUUGGUGCAUUUAGAGAUCACGAUGAAUGCUAUAUGCGAUCCUGCGUGUAAAGGAAUGUGCUUGAAAUGCGGUGCUAAUCUGAAUAAGAGGAAGUGUGAUUGUGGCAGUGAAGAGAAGGAUAAAGGAUAUGGACCUCUUGGAAACCUGAGAAAGCAAAUGCAACAGAAAGAGGGUCUUAGAAACUAGACCCUGAGAACUACUUUUUUUUUUUUUGGACUUGUAUCUUCUUCUUUCUCGGUUUACUAGUAUAAUACUCACUCUUUUGUACCAAAAAAAAAAUCAAAAGAGAAUCUGCAGUGGCUAAAACUUACUUCAAGCUCAUCAUUCAGCGUGUGAAUGGUAACACAACAACAAUGAAAUUAGUUGCAGAUUUUCAGAAUUCUCGUGCUAGAUUGUUCUUUGUUGAGUUUGUAAGCAAGCAUUGAUCUCA